AUAUGAUAUACUGCUAUCUAGUCACAGUGCGGAAGACCACUACAAACUACUUGAAGAAUUUAUUGGCUAUGUACAAAAGGCAGGAAUAGCCUUAAGUCAAAAUAAAGCAAUUAUAUGUAAAAAACAAAUAGAAUUCCUAGGAAUCGAAAUAGACAAGGCAUGAAUAAAGAUGCAAACACAUAUAGUACAAAAGAUAGCACAGACUGAAGAACUAGUUGCAAUCCUUUCUAGGAUUAGUAAACCAAGUACGGGAAUAUAUCCUACACCUAGCCAAUUACUGCAAACCCCUACAAGAAAAAUUAAAGAAAGACAAAUAAUACUAUUGGAACAAAGAAGACCAGCAGAAUAUAAAGAAAAUCCAAUUGGCUUGCAAAAAUUUGCCUAAAUUAGAAUUCCCAAAUGAAAACAAACCAUUUGAGUGGAUAAUUGAAUCAGAUGUUUUUGAAAAUAAUUAUGGAUCUACAUUCUGAUAGUUUCAAAAAAAAAAUGAGUCGAAAUGAAAAAUAAACAAAAAAAAAUUACUGGCACUAUAUUAUUCUAUCCUUCAUUUCGAGAUCUAUGUAGUGUAUACAAAAUUCAAGGUAAGGACUGACAAUACCCAAGUAAAAUAUUGGUUGAAUUCAAAAUUAGAAAACUCUACUGUGAAAAAAGAAAUACGUAUAUUGGUCAAUGACAUAAGAUUGUUUGAUUUUACUAUCGAAGUGAUUAAAUCAACUAAAAAUGUCUUUGCUGGUUUAUUAUCUCGAAAUAACAGUUUAUGAUGUGAUAUUGCAGAUGCUGAAAAUUGAAAUUCUAAACUUAAAAGCAUAUAUAGAAAGUCUAAAGAAUGUUAUAAGAGACUUAAUAGCCUAGAAAAAUAAACUAGCAAAAGAUAAAGAAUAGAAAAACCAAUAGAGAAUAGAAUUAUCAACCAAACAAACACAGUAAAAAUCGAAACCAUUGAAACAAGCAUUCCAGUUAAACCUAGAGAACACAGAUUCAGAAAUACAAAUCUGAACCAAAAAUUUUUAAAACCAGAAAUAAUGACCAAACCAGUAAAGUUUGCUAUACACCAAACCCAAACCUAUGUAGAAACCAUCAUACAGGAAAGAAAAGAAAGCCAAUCUAUGAUAGUGACCAACUAUUUAAGAAACCAAUAUCUAGAUAGUUUUAAACAAGCAGACGUAGGAUCAUAUGAUGUAUGUGAACUGCGUCGGAACAUGUUUAUUGCAUUCGUAGUUUCUUUGUGUUUCUUAUAUUCGUGGUUACAAUAAGAACAUGUUUCUUGCAUUAUUUAUAAGUGAAGGAAAUGUAGGCAUUUUAGAAUAACCGUCUAUGACAUUCUCGAAGUCUUUGUCCCUGAAAGCCAUAUCCCUAAAUCAUUUAUGUUCGACAUCUCCUGAACUUGCUGGGUCCAUUCAUGAAGUGAAAGCUAUGGACAGGAAAUAGAAUCCUUCAAAUUCCACAAACAAAGACAAAAAGGUGAGAACGUGUAUGGUGUAUGCAAGAGCUGAGAACAUGUGCCUCUUGUUGCUUCUGCUGUUCUUAGCAUGUUUAGUAGUAUGUACACAUAUGUUGUAUGUUGCAUCAUAUAUAUCAUAUGAUAAAACAUAUUGUGUGAUCAUAUGAUAAACAUAUUGCAUCAUAUGGUUACUUUUUGGGUGACCUCUUUUUUUUGUUGGACACUAGUUUGGUGCACUGGCUUGACUGUGUAAUGCUCAACUUGGUUUUUGUAGUUAGUUAUUUUAUUUGUUUUUCUUUUAUUCCUUCACUUACCAAUAAAUUUCUCCAAAAUUGAAAUUUCAGGUUUUCCAUCCUUGCGUUUGAUGCCCUGCAAAUUCACUAUUCACCCACAAAGAUUUUUCAAAUUUUCAAAAUAUUUUCGCGUUUGUAACACGGAAAUAUUUAUUCGAUUUUGAAAAUAUUUUUCCGAAAACAUAUUUCCACCGGCGAGGUGGAAAUAUAUUUUCGGAUUUUUUUUUUGGACCGCUAGGGCACGCUCGAGCUGCUUGCAGGUUCUCCUCUUCCUUCCUGCUGCCGGGAGUUCCUCACGCAGCGGCAGCCCUCUUCGUCCUCACGCAGCCGCAGGUCCUGCUGCCGCGAGUUCCUCACGCAGCCGCAGCCGCGAGUUCCUCAUGCAGCCGCAGCCGCUGCCGCUGCCUCUUCGUCGUCGUCGUCUCCCUCGCACAUUCAGAUUCCUGUACCUUGCUCUUCUCUGCCCAUUCGGUCUACGCAGCUCAGCAAAAUAGUAUUUCUGAGCAGGUUCCUAAGCAUCGGUUAUAGUUAAGCUUCUGAAUUCCCAGUGUAAUAGGUGGAGAUUAGAUCCAUGUUUAUUGAGUAUCCAUUGCAUAUCAUGUAGAAAGUAGUCGUUAUACUUCAUUUCCAAGUGAUAUUAUCUGUUUUAAAUGUGAAAUUUUAUCCUACUGACUGUUAGACUGUGAAUUCUGCAAGAAAGUUACUGUUUUCUCCUCACCUCCUAGAGCAGGAGGUGACAAUAUAUAUAUAUAUAUAUAUAUAUGAGAUGAAUGGAAGAAGGUGCAGAAUCGAGGUUCCUUGUGAGGAGGCUGGAGGUCUCUGACUACGAAAAGGGCUUCAUCAGCCUCCUUUCUCAGCUCACCAUUUGCCCUCCCAUCUCCUUCGAUGAGUUCCGCUCUCGCUUCAUGGAGAUCGAGGCUCUCGGCGACAAUCACGUCAUCUGUGUUGUGGAGGAUACCGAGCAGGGGAGACUUGUUGCCACCGGCAGCAUCUUCGUGGAGCGGAAGUUUUUGAGAGGCUGCGGCAAGGUCGGGCACAUCGAGGACGUCGUCGUGGACUCAGCCGCCCGUGGGAUGCGACUUGGCCAGCGAGUCGUUGGGUUUCUAUCCAAUCACGCCAGGUCCGUUGGAUGCUACAAGGUCAUCCUGGACUGCAGCCCUGAUAACAGGGGCUUCUACGAGCGUUGUGGUUUUGUCCAAAAGGAGCUCCAAAUGGCCGUGUACUUCAAUCCGCUUCCUCCUUCCUCUUAGCCUGCUCCUCAAUCUGUUCUUCUUCUUUUUCCCUUUAACUUGGUCUAUUUUUGUUAAGAAUUUGAUCAUUGUUGUGUGGAUCAAGAAUAAAAUUUAAGUUUCUUUUCUUA